AUGUCUUUAAAAGCUAUAACGCUCUACGAUUGUGAAGCUGACGAUGACGCCGAGCUGUCUUUUAAGAAAGGAGAUAUUCUUAUUAACGUGGUUGACGCUAGUGACGAAGGGUGGAUUGAAGCGACAAAAGAAGGGACAAACGAGCGUGGGUUCGUGCCGAGAGACUAUGUCGAGAUAAAAGAACCGCCAAAACCUCCACCGCGGCCAUUUCGAAAAAAUUCGAAUGGAGUUAAAAUGUCAUCGUCAUCUACCGCAAGUCCAUUCGCACCGCCAAAGAUAGAAAUAAUAAAUAAUAAUACAGUUGAUUCUGAGCGCCCACCUAUAAUUAGCAGCAAACCAAAAAAAUUGUCUACCGGAGCAUUAGCUUUAUUUGAAGGAAAUGGAAACAACAACAAAUCCACAGUUUCUAGUCGAUCGCUAAAUAAGCCCGCACCGCCUCCUAAGCCAAAAGUUUUCCCGAUCGUUAAUAAUAUUCAGGAGAGCGAAAAUGAAGCAGAGAUUGUGCUUCCUUCUGUUAGUGAAAGAAGGAAGGCACUAGAACAGCAAGUAAAACCUUCACCAUUAUUACCCUCAACACGAAACAAAUCAAAGUUUGAAACAGAUCUUGAUGUGACAUUGAAGCCUUCAAUUGUUAAGGGACGUUCCUCCGAAAGACUGGAAGCUGAAAUUAGUUCUUCACCAAGGCCAUCAGAUAUCAAAAAUCAAAUAAAAUCACAAGAUGAAGAAGAUGCGGAACCUCAACUAUUGCGGCCAUCUGCCAUAAAGGAGAAACAAAAGCCAGUAAUACCCGCAAAACCUAUUAUCACACCACCAAUACUUGGAAUUAAACCUUCCUUAAAUAAAACUAAUUCAACUAUGCCCGCUCGAAAUGGAAAUAGUCAUACUCGAACUUCAGAUUCAGAGGAAGAAACAUCUUCAAGUUCAAAUUCUUUAUUUCCGAAAUCAGAAACACAAAAUAAGCGACCGCCUCUUCCUCCAAGAAAACUCUCAAAUAGUGAUUCUUCAGAGAAAACAGUUACCCCACCAAAGAUGCCGCCAAGACCUACCACCGAUUCAAACAAAACAACAGAGUCUGUUGUUUCGCUCCAAUCCAAAUUCAAUAAUAGAUUUGAAGAGGCAGAAGCAGGUGCUAAAUCAAAGGCCCAGGAUCAAGCCGCGAUAGGAGCGAGAAAAGGUGUUUCUGCCGGAUUCCAAGAAGGACAAAACAAGUUAACUCAAAAAUUUGGUAGAAAAUUACCCGGUCAAGAUAAAAUAUUUAAGAAGGCUGAAAGUCUUGCGCAGGCCGAAGCGGAUAAACAAGCGCGUCUAAAAAGCAAUGGCUCUGCUAGAGGAUUUUCAACUCCAAAACUUCCCAAUAGCAUAAAGGGAUUUAAACUCCCUACAUCUGAGUCAGAAAGUACCUCUUCGUCCACACCACCCCCAUUACCCGCUCGAAAAAAAAGCUCCAAUUCAUCAAGGAGCAACAGAGAUAACUCUCCUCAGAUUCCUCCGAGGCCUCCACAGCAUAAUCCAUUUAGUGAGCACAAUCUCUCCAAAGGUAUUCCUGAUGACGCACGAGAACGCUACGAAGAAGUAUUUGAAGCAAAAAAGAAUAGAAAUGGAUAUAUUGAUGGAGAUGUUGUUAAAGACAUUUAUAUCAAAAGCAGAUUGGAUAGUAAAACGCUGCAUAAAAUUUGGAACCUUGUGGACACUGACAAGAAUGGUAGACUCACAAAGGAAGAAUUCAAUGCUGGCAUGUUUUUAAUUGACGAAAGGUUAAAAGGAAAUCCUGUUCCUGACAAGUUACCUCGAGGAUUAUUUGUAUGA